GGGCAACGCCGAGAGAGUCAGUGGUUUCCAUGGUGAUGGAGCUGAAAGUGCAGGAAAUUUAAAGGCUUGGACCCUGCGAGACAGACAAACCGGUGCCAACGUGCGCGGACGCCGCCGCCGCCGCCGCCGCUGCCGCUGGAGUCCGCCGGGCAGAGACGGCCCCGGAGCCCCGAGCAGGCGGAGGGAAGUGCCCCUAGGACCGGCUCGGCCCGCGGCGCUGCACAGAGCGGCCGGACGACGAGCAGCUAGAGGAGGAGGCGGGGAGAGCGGCCAGUCCACGCGCCCUGCGCCGCCGCCGGCCCGGGAAGGCAGCGAGCAGCCGGCGCCCCCAGCGCCCGCGGUUGCCCUGGAGUAAUUUCGGAUGCCCCGCCGCGGCCGCCUUCCCGAGUAGACCUGGGAGAGGAGUUGCGGCCAACUUGUGUGCGUUUUUUCCGCCCCGGUGGGAGCCGGCGCCGCGCGAAGGGCUCUGCCGGCGACUCAUGCUGCCGGCCCUGCGCCUGCCCAGCCUCGGGUGAGCCGCCUCCGGAGAGACGGGGGAGCGCGGCGGCGCCGCGGGCUCGGCGUGCUCUCCUCCGGGGACGCGGGACGAAGCAGCAGCCCCGGGCGCGCGCCGGAGGCAUGGAGCGCUGCCCCAGCCUGGGGGUCACCCUCUACGCCCUGGUGGUGGUCCUGGGGCUGCGGGCGGCACCGGCCGGCGGCCAGCACUAUCUCCACAUCCGCCCGGCUCCCAGCGACAACCUGCCCCUGGUGGACCUCAUCGAACACCCGGACCCUAUCUUUGACCCCAAGGAGAAGGAUCUGAACGAGACGCUGCUGCGCUCGCUGCUCGGGGGCCACUACGACCCGGGCUUCAUGGCCACCUCUCCCCCCGAGGACCGGCCCGGCGGGGGCGGGGUGGCGGCCGGGGGCGCCGAGGACCUGGCGGAGCUGGACCAGCUGCUGCGGCAGCGGCCGUCGGGGGCCAUGCCGAGCGAGAUCAAAGGGCUGGAGUUCUCCGAGGGCUUGGCCCCGGGCAAGAAGCAACGCCUGAGCAAGAAGCUGCGGAGGAAGUUACAGAUGUGGCUGUGGUCGCAGACCUUUUGCCCGGUGCUGUACGCCUGGAACGACCUGGGCAGCCGCUUUUGGCCGCGCUACGUGAAGGUGGGCAGCUGCUUCAGCAAGCGCUCGUGCUCCGUGCCAGAGGGCAUGGUGUGCAAGCCGUCCAAGUCCGUGCACCUCACGGUGCUGCGGUGGCGCUGUCAGCGGCGCGGGGGCCAGCGCUGCGGCUGGAUUCCCAUCCAGUACCCCAUCAUUUCCGAGUGCAAGUGCUCAUGCUAGAACUCAGGGCCCCCUGCCCGCACCCGGACACUUGAUCGAUCCCCACCGACGCCCCCCGCACAGUCUCCAACCAGUUCCACCACCCUCUCGCGAGGGGAUUCAAUGAACUUUUUUUUUUUUUUUUUUUUUUUCCGGCUACAGAGACCUAGCUUUCUGGUUCAUGUAAUGCACUGUUUAACUGUGUAGGAAUGUAUAUGUGUAUGUAUAUACGGUCCCAGUUUUAAUUUACUUAUUAAAAGGUCAGUAUUAUACGUUAAAAGUUACCGGCUUCUACUGUAUUUUUAAAAUUUUUUUAAGCAAAAGGAAAAAAAAGAACAGAGAAAAGAGAGACUUAUUCUGGUUGUUGCUAAUAAUGUUAACCUGCUAUUUAUAUUCCAGUGCCCUUCGCAUGGCGAAGCAGGGGGGAAAUGUUAUUUUUUCUUAAAGUACAAAGAGAGGGGAGAUCUUUUGUAGAAGGACUUUUAAAAAGCUAUUUUCCAUUCUUCGGAAAGUGUUUUGGUUUUCCUUGGACCUCGAAGAAGCUAUAGAG